AUUAGUAUGGUCUGCUACACAACGGAGCGUCCUGGAUCCGCCGCCUCGCUGCCCAAGCGCCGCGGUAGCGUUCGUCGGAGUGGCGUGCUCUCCGUCGGGGAUAGUAGCCUCUUGCCUCUUUUGCUUUUCUUUGCCCUCUCUCCGCGCGCCUCGUUCUCGGCUCCCCGGUCGCCAUGGGCAAGCGGGAGGAAGAGGAGAUCAUUCGAAUCGCAAAGAAAAUGGACAAAAUGGCGCAGAAGAAAAACGGGUCCGGUGCUUUGGACUUGCUUAAAGAGCUACGCAGCGUCCCCAUGACCCUGGAGCUACUUCAGUCGACCAGAAUUGGGAUGUCUGUCAACGCCAUCCGCAAGCAGAGCACAGAUGAGGAGGUGACAUCCCUAGCAAAGUCUUUGAUCAAGUCAUGGAAGAAGCUUUUGGACGAGCCCGCAAGCGGGGACAAAUCCUCAGACGACAAGAGGAAAGAUACGGCCCCUGUGUCUCCCUCGCAGGGAAGUCCGGAGGCGAAAGAAGAAAGCAGCUCCAGCAGUAACUCCAGCGGCAAGAGCGAGAACGCCGACGUCUCCACCAACUCGCUAAUCAACACCUUCCCUCGCGCUCCCGGCACCUCCGACUCCAUACGGAUCAAGUGCAGAGAGAUGCUGUCCAAUGCGCUCCAGGCCGGAGACGACUAUAUCGCCAUCGGUGCCGACUGCGACGAACUCGGAGCUCAGAUCGAGGAAUGCAUAUUCCAAGAGUUCAAGAACACGGACAUGAAGUACAAGAACCGCGUGCGCAGCCGAAUCUCGAACCUGAAGGACAUGAAGAAUCCCAACUUGAGGAGGACGGUGCUGUGCGGGAGCGUCACCCCCGAGCGCAUGGCCAAGAUGACCGCAGAGGAAAUGGCCAGUGACGAACUGAAAGAAAUGAGGAAGAACUUGACCAAAGAGGCCGUUAGGGACCACCAGAUGGCCACCACGGGGGGCACGCAGACAGAUCUGUUCACGUGUGGCAAAUGCAAGGGGAAAGCCUGCACCUACACACAGGUUCAAACUCGCAGUGCCGAUGAGCCCAUGACCACGUUUGUCUUCUGCAAUGAAUGCGGAAAUAGAUGGAAGUUCUGUUGAGUGGGCAGGUAUCUUCCUUUGGCGCUUGGAUGAGUAGCAAACUUCCUGGACCAGAUCCUGUCAACCGGCCUCAGAUUGGAGCUUUUUAUUUUUUAUUUUUAUUUUUAUUUUUAUCAUGUGGUGUAUACAUUGUACACCAGACGCUGUUGUAAAGGAUGCCACUUCGCUUUGAAUUGGACUAAAAUCUCCUGUUCAUACUUUGAGCUAAUUGUAAGACCCCGUUCUCUCUGCCUCCUGCCCCCGACGUUCACUUGCAAUCUUUUACUAUUGUUAAUAGUCGUUUCCCACUUAUUAGAUGUAUGCAAUCAAGCUUGACUUGUUCUUUUAUCAGCAAUUUUUUUAUAUAUGUAGAUUUAACACCAUGGACAGUGUUGUUAUGAUCUCCCUCCACAACAACACCACAUUGUUUUAUUUAAUUUCCCAAUAAAGUGUAAUCCAUUUGAUUAAAAAAAAAAAA